UAACCAUCUUUGGUUUCUUUUCCUCUUUUACUAUCAAGCUCUCAACAUCAGACUGCUCGCUAUCAUCGUCAUAGCUAGUCGUCUUUUUUUUCUCCUCUUGUAAUUUUUUCAUUCUCGUCUUCGUGUAGUUCUCUAGGUUUUAAAAAGUCCAUUUUUUCCUUCGUUUUUUAUCAACUGCAAUCUGUCCAGUGGCUGGUCUAAUCUCACUUUCUCCCGCAAUCCAAUCAUAACAACAACAAGAGUCAAUUCGUCAAAAUAGCAACAAUUAACCACAGGGACGUUGAAAUAUCGUACCUGACCACUUGAGCUUAAUUCUCCGAAUCAUACUUCAGGAACUGUCUGUUCGUCACAAAAACUACCAAAAUGUCUAGCCAACCCCUUCUACAGACGGCUCCAGGCAAACGAAUUGCCCUCCCUACUCGAGUCGAGCCUAAGGUCUUUUUCGCUAACGAGCGUACGUUCCUAUCAUGGCUAAAUUUUACCGUCAUAUUGGGUGCGUUGGCCAUCGGCAUGUUAAACUUCGGUGACCGACCGGCCUUCAUCUCGGCCUUCCUAUUCACUGGUGUAGCUAUGCUCACUAUGAUCUAUGCGCUAUUCACUUAUCAUUGGCGGGCGAAGUCGAUAAGGGUUCGGGGACAAGCCGGUUUCGAUGACCGUUUCGGACCCACCGUGCUGGCUAUCAUCCUCCUGUUGGCCGUCGUGGUCAACUUCGUACUGCGAAUAACAUACUCUGGCGGAGAAGGUGGCAGAAAACACUAAGCGUGCAUACGGGUCUUGAAAA